AUGCCUGAACCUACCAAGUCUGCUCCUGCCCCAAAGAAGGGCUCCAAGAAGGCGGUGACUAAGGCUCAGAAGAAGGACGGGAAGAAGCGCAAGCGCAGCCGCAAGGAGAGCUAUUCAGUGUAUGUGUACAAGGUGCUGAAGCAGGUCCACCCCGACACCGGCAUCUCUUCCAAGGCAAUGGGGAUUAUGAAUUCCUUCGUCAACGACAUCUUCGAGCGCAUCGCAGGCGAGGCUUCCCGCCUGGCGCAUUACAACAAGCGCUCGACCAUCACUUCCAGGGAGAUCCAGACGGCCGUGCGCCUGCUGCUUCCGGGGGAACUGGCCAAGCACGCCGUGUCGGAGGGCACCAAGGCCGUCACCAAGUACACCAGUUCCAAGUAACUUUGCCAAGUAAGCAUCUUUACACCUAAUCCCAAAGGCUCUUUUAAGAGCCACGCAUGUUUCCAAUAAAUGAGUUGUAAUCAUUUCAUUCAAAAGGGGGAUUAUUGGACUUAGCACUACAGUACCAAUCUUUAAUGUUACGUUAGUACUGCAGAGGAAAUAACUUGGAAGUUUUAGGGAAUAACAAUGGUUGCCAGAAAUUGAGUGCUAUGGGCACAUAUUAGAUCGUUAGCUCAUUUAGUAUCACAUAACACUAGCAUAAACAAAGUAUUGUAAAUGUAGAGCUCUUUCGUUUCCGUGUGCAGAUUUCCAAGUUGAUCGUGAUGUUGAUCCGGGACUCGGUGUGGUGAUGGCCCGCCCCGAGCACGAAAGUGCACGCUCUGGACAACUUCCUUAUAUUUGGAGCUUUCUCCACCACCACCCCGGCCCCCCAUUUUCUUGUAAAA